UUAUUGUGUUGUGAUUUCAACGCUGGAUUUUGGUGGAACACUGCUGAAACUGCUGGAAACAAAUUCGGAGGUGCCAAAUUUGACAGUUGGGUGUGUCUACUUUGUUCCACCAAAGAGAAGGCUUCCAUGAAACCUUCCACGAACUGUUUCAGUUGCACGGAUGACGGCUCACAGCGAGACGUAAUGGGGAAUCUAAAGGAGCCCAUUUCUCAUCCAAAUUACAUCGUUAACGCCCAUGUUUACUUUGUCCGAGGGGGCAAGUCCCAAACAAGACCCAGAGCCAACAUUCGAAUUAUUGGAGGAAAUGUAUCGACAGUCGACCAGUUUCCUUGGCAAGUUUCCUUGCAAAUUCUUGGCCUGCACAACUGCGGUGGAUCAAUCAUUUCCGAAGACACCAUUUUGACCGCCGCCCACUGCAUUGACGGGCUUAACAUUCUGGAACGCAUUGUGGCCGGAUCAUCCCUUCUAAGCGAGCCCCAAGUGAUUGUUGGCAUUAAGGAGUCGUUCACUCACGAAAACUACAACUACUUGGAUUACGACGUGGGAAUCAUCAAAUUGGCCGAAAAAUUGAACUUCUCAGAGACAAUUCAGCCCGUUAAAUUAGCUGAGGCACGUCCUGCUGAUGGUGCUCCUGUUACUGUGUCUGGUUACGGAGUUACAUGGGAGGGCUCUAUCUUCACGUCAAAUGAAUUGAGGUCUGUGGAAGUUAACAUAGUCAAUCAGGAGGAAUGCAAUAACGAUUAUGCUGAGUAUGACGGUGUUACACAGAGGAUGAUUUGUGCUGCAGUACCGGAAGGAGGAAAAGAUGCUUGUCAGGGUGAUUCAGGUGGUCCACUUGUAAAUGCCGAUAGGGAAUUGGUAGGAAUAGUGUCUUGGGGCCUAGGAUGUGCCGUUCAAGGAUAUCCUGGUGUUUACACCAGCGUAGCUGACCUGCGGGAAUGGAUUGUAGAAAAAGCUGGAUUGUAAAUUAAAUUAAAUUAAUUAUUUUGUAUUAUUUGAAUAAAUAUUUUUUAUUUAUUAAAUUACUCAUUUUUAUAGGCAUUAUAAAGUUGUUUAUAAAAAUGUGUUAUAUAUUAGUUAAUUUAUUAAA